UCGACGACUUCGACAGGCUAAUAGCAAUGGGAAAAACCCGAAAAAUCAGUUUGUAACUUUUUCUGAAAGUCGCAAAUAUUCUUCAAACAAACACUCCGAAGGCGUAAUAAGUGUUAGUUCAAGCAUAUUGCAUUUACUUUGUAAGUUUUCUAGGUCAGUGCCAAGCAAAAUCUACAAAACGAAAUGCGUCUAUUCCCGGUACGAAUGUCCAACAUCAAUAAAAUGUUGGAUUUUUAUUCUCAGUUCAAUCCAUCGCCCUUAAGCAUCAAACAAUUUAUAGAUUUCGGUCUCAAUGCAUGUCCUACAAAAUCCUUCAUAUUUCUUCGCAAAGAGUUGCCUGUCAGGUUGGCAAAUAUCAUGAAGGAGAUAACACUUUUACCCGAGGGUUUAUUAAGGAUGCCUUCGGUGGGUUUGGUCAGUGCAUGGUACGUGAAAAGUUUUGAAGAAGUUCUCGAGUUUGAGAAAACAGAUCCCACAGGUUACAAUCUAGACAAAUUUUGCAAAUCUCUCAUACAAAUCCGUGACAGACAUUCGGAUGUUGUACAAACUAUGGCGCAGGGCAUACUGGAGCUGAAGGAAUCACGAAAUGGUCAUAUAGAACCUUCUACCGAACUCUCAAUGCAAUAUUUCUUGGACCGACUGUAUAUGUCGCGUAUUAGCAUUCGCAUGCUAAUCAAUCAGCAUACGAUUCUUUUCGGUGAGAUACCACAGUCCGGUAGGCAUGUAGGUUGUAUCGAUCCCCUCUGCGAUCCGCACAUGGUCGUUCGUGAUGCCUAUGAGAAUGCACGCUUUUUGUGUGAUCAGUACUAUCUUGCAAGUCCUGAGCUGGAAGUGAUAGAACACAACGAUCUGGAAAAUGGAAAACCUAUUAAAAUUGUUUACGUACCUUCGCAUCUGUAUCAUAUGCUGUUUGAGUUAUUUAAAAAUUCUAUGCGUGCCGUUAUGGAGUACCAUGGUGCCGAGGAUGAUAUCCCACCCCUCAAAGUGACUAUCGUCAAAGGCAAAGAAGAUAUCUGUGUUAAAAUGUCAGAUCGUGGAGGUGGUAUUCCCAGAUCCCACGUCGACCAACUGUUCAAGUACAUGUACAGUACAGCACCGCAACCACCAAAAUCGAAAUCUGAUCUUCCGCUUGUUCCAUUGGCCGGGUACGGCUAUGGAUUACCAAUCUCGAGGCUGUAUGCUCGUUAUUUCCAUGGUGACUUGGUGCUGUACUCAUGUGAAGGAUACGGGUCGGAUGCUGUGAUAUAUUUAAAGGCACUCUCCGAUGAGGCAAAUGAACUCCUGCCCAUCUUCAAUAAGACCAGUUCUCGUUUUUACAAGGCAACCGUUCCAACCGGUGAUUGGUCUAAUCAGAACUCGGAUAUGAGCUCCAAGCAGAUGAACGCUCAGAGUAGACGCAGUACGACAGUAUCCAAUGGAAUAUAAAUAAGUGUUAAGUGUUAAUAAAUAUUAGGUGUUUUCGCAAAGCAUAUCAAUAUGAAAAUCCUCGUAAAUUCAUAAAUUUCAUUACACUCUAAUGGAUCAUGGUAUUGUUACGAGAGUGUAAAUGCUUACACGGAUCUUUGUGCAUACCCCGAGUACCAUUAUUAUGUAGCUCGACUUGUAUUUAGUAAUAGUACUUGGUGAUAUACGAUACGUUAUUCUAAACAUAGCAUGAUUUGCGGGUUACAGAUUGUUAUAGCAUAUGUCAUAUUAGUUUCUCUGUAUAAGUAAAAUAUGACCAAUAAACAAAAAUAUGCGUUCGUUGGGUUUGUUUUAAUUUGUGUUUCAAGUACACUCAGCGUGCGGUAACAAACUUCAUAUGUGUAAAUUUAUUAAAUACAGGUAAGUGGCACCCCUAUCGCUACCAAUAACAAGUAACCAUAGCGAGCAUAACCGCGAGCCCACGUUUAGGUGGGGUGGGCUUAUUUUUUUUUAAAUCGCUCGGGGACAUGUUUUCCCAUGUGGAAAAUGAUUAUUCGGACUAAUCAUGUAAUAAACCAAAAAAUUAGCUUUUUUCGUUGACAUAUAGAUGU